AUGCCUGAAACUAAGCCCCUCCUCAGUGGAUCCAACUCCAACGGCACCCACUCGGCCAAGACGAACAAGACGGGCAAGACGGGAUGGAAACCCCGCCUCCUCAGCUUUGAGGAGAGCCGCCGCCUCGUACCUUGGGCGACCGACAACGAGUACAUCACGGGAGGAUACCGUCCGCAUCUGGUCAACAUCAGCUCGUGUCUGUACUCUGCCAUCGGAUACGUCCACAACGAGACUGUCAAUAUCCACACACACUCGCUCGGCGCAGCCUUCUGGGCCCUCAUGCUCCCCCUCCACAUCCUGCCCUCGCACUUCCCUACGCUCGGCACCUUCCCCUCGGCCGCUCUCCUCCCCCCAUCGACCCUCAUCGACAAGGCGUGCAUGGCGUGCUACUUUGUCUGCGCUGUAACCUGCCUCGGCCUCUCCUCCUGGUUCCACACAGUUUCAUGCUGCACUCAUGAAGUCUGCGACCUAGCCCACUGUGGCGACUACGUCGGCAUCGUGGUCCUCAUCGUCGGUUCAAUCCUCCCGGGAAUGUACUAUGGUUUCCACGGCCAGCCCCUCCUCCAAGGCCUCUACAUGGCUGGCAUCGCGGCCGCCGGCGCCACGAGCGCAUACAUUGUCCUCUCGCCACACCACCGCAACCACCGCUGGGACCGGACCUUGACGUUUAUCGCGCUGGGCCUCUCGGCAGUCCUCCCCGUCGGUCAUGUUGUCCUCGCGCGUGGACUCACGUACGCCCGUGAAAUGAUGGGCUUCAGCUACAUUGCAGCUGGCGGCGCGUCGUACAUCUUUGGCGCGGUGCUUUAUGCCGCUCGGAUUCCCGAGAGUCUCUGGCCCGGCAAGUUCAAUUACUUUGGCAGCUCGCACCAGAUCUUCCACUGCUUUGUACUGCUUGGCUCGUGGUUCCAGUUCGCAGCGCUGCGCUGGAUGCACGUUGGGCGUGCGCUCGCGGACGCUUAG